AUCGGCCAAUCAAAAAGAACAGACAGAUUCUACUCUACCAUAAUAGCUUUGUUUCGAAAAAGAGAAGCCAACUGAGAGCUUUCAGUUUUCUAGCUAUCUUUCUCCUCCACCCUUCACAGACCCUUUAGCUUUCUCUCCUCCCCAUUACCGUCCUCUCUCCUUUCUGCAACUCUUUUCCGUCUGUCAGCCUUCCUUUCCUCUACUUAUAUUCUUCAGAGAUGAGUUUUUCCUCCACUGGAUGAAAUGGAAAGCCAUCCAAAAGCUCGAGAAACCUUCGGCAGCAGUAGCAGCAAUUACAGCUGCACCAAUGGAACAACGACGGCUGCUGCUCCGCCGUCGUCGUCGCCACCAGCUCCACCACCUCUGACUCCCAAAUCCGUUGCGAGAGAUGGCGAGGUGAAUCCGUACCAGACGACCUUCGUCCAGGCUGACACUUCCUCCUUCAAACAAGUGGUCCAGAUGCUCACAGGCUCAGCCGAGACCGUCGCCGCCACCGCCACCGCCGCCGCUGCAGCCGCCGCCACUAACUCGACUGCACGGAAGGCACCGGUUGCUCCGGCCGCCAAGGCUACCGGCCCAAAGAAGCCUGCUUUCAAGCUCUACGAGCGGCGGAACAGCCUCAAGAACCUCAAGAUUCUUAGCCCACUCAUACCAACAUUCUUCAACUCCAACCCCAACUCCCCCGUCACCGCUGCCGGAUUCUCUCCUCGGAAGCAGCCGGAGAUCCUGUCGCCCAGUAUUCUCGACUUCCCUUCGCUAGUGCUGAGUCCCGUCACGCCCUUGAUCCCUGACCCCUUCAACCGGCCGCCGCACCCGAACUCAGAGGCUGCUAAAUGGGCGGAGGACCGGGCGAUCGCAGAGAAGGGGUUCUACCUGCAUCCUUCGCCGCGGGCUUCGACGGAAGCAGACCCUCCACGGCUGCUGCCGCUAUUCCCGGUGACAUCUCCCGAGGUCUCUUCUGAUUUAUCUCUUGCCAUACCUCGAUCUUCCACCAGAGAAGUUUGACUCCAGAAUUAUGUUCGAAUCCUGUGCUUCUUUUAUCUUUAUUUGUAAGGUUUGAGUCCUCCUUCCGUAAUGCAAAUCCAGCAGCAUGAGACCGAAUGAUCACGUCUUUUGAUUCUU